GAAGAACAAAAUUUAGAUUACAGAUAAAACUUCCAAGGGCAGUCUGCCCCCUUUACUCAUUCACAUUUUUUCUUUCUUUCCACUGUGACCAAACAGAGAGAAGAGUUUCCAUGGCGGAUCCCUACUACCCAUAUAGUGCUCCGGCAGCUGCCGACGGAGCAAGUAUUGCGAGGACCAGCUUUGCUGGAUAUAUUCCAACUGAGCCUUCAAAUUCUACUGAACUGCGGGGCAUUGGAUCAGAUUACCUGCAAAGAGACAUAGGCUUGUUUUAUAGUGCAGAUGAUACUUUGGGAUCUAGGGUUCAUUCUGAGCCUGUUAAGGGUUAUUCACCUCUUGCAGAUCCUGACCCGACUAAAAAACGAGAUACGGCACCAUUAGGCAUUAGUCAUGGUGUUUCUGAUGUGAACAGUGAAAGAGCAUCAUCUAAAAACACUUAUGAUGGUCUGCCUAUCUCAGCAGCGGACUCAAACAUUCUGUUUGUGGGUGGACUUCCAAAUAACUGCACUAGAAGGGAAGUUGGGCAUCUUUUCCGCCCCUUUAUUGGCUAUAAGGAUAUCAGAGUUGUUCACAAGGAGCCUAGACGUAGCGGUGACAAGGCUAUGACUUUGUGUUUUGUGGAGUUUGUUGACUCAAAAUGUGCUCUCACUGCCCUGGAAGCCCUGCAAGGCUAUAAAUUUGAUGAUAAAAAGCCUGACUCGCCAAACCUAAAAAUACAGUUUGCGCACUUUCCAUUCCGUCUACCGUCUGAUCAUGGCAACAGCAUAACAACAUGACACAGACGGCUGGACAUUCAUUUCUUGGGUGUAAUGGAUUUUGAUGGUGUUGAGAUGAACUCUAUCAGAUAGAGGUAUUCACUUUUAUACUCCGAGUUUUAGGUUAGACCUUCCUGGCUGUUGAAUGUAGGAUAUGGAUAUGCAAGAAGUCUGGUAACAGGACAAUUUUUAAUCUAAAAUAUGUUGAUAGAAUUUUCAUUAUAUUUUGGCCCCUAUUUUCAGUUAGCCUCUCCAAUCACCGGAUUAAGGCCGUGGCUUGUACAUUUGAGUUUUGACCCUCUUAUAUCUGACGAUGGUUGAAGUUCAUGUAUUCGGCUGCCCAAGAAGAUAGUUGUAACUUUGGUCAUGAACUGUAAAAAUAAUACUAAUAGUUCGGAGUUGGCUCAGUAUGCAUUCGGGCUACAUUAUAUCAGUAAAUCAUGGCAUACUACGUGUCUUUUGUCUGAACUAAAUAUAAACAUUGCAUUGCAUUGCUUUAAGCUGUAUAUGCUAUCCAGAGGAACACGUUCUCCUGGUGUUUGAAUUUUAUCCAAAGCUGAUUUAAUGGCUUGCCUCUUCUCA